UGAACAACGGGGUCCGACGUGUGCAUGUACUACCUCCCAGGCUUGGGCCGACUUCCCCCUUCCACCGUCUACCUACAGACCGCCACCGGUGCUGCCGCUGCCUACAAAACCGAACUGCAGCCCGAUUGACAUGAUGAAAGGCUACUUGAUCCAAGAGCACACGCAGCUCAGCGACAUUAGUAAAUGCCUCAAGUCGGACGUACCAGAUCCGACAGUGUCCCCAGAUGAGGACAAUGUCAUUGUCGACAUCCAUUCUGCCGGGUUGAACUUCUUCGAUAUUCUCAUGGCAGCAGGAAAGUACCAGAACCAACCUGAGCACCCAUACGUUCUCGGCGCAGAAAUCGCAGGCGUCAUCGCAAAAGACUCCCCAAUUCCCGAAGGAUGCAACUUCAUUCCCGGCAAGACGCGCGUCUUUGGCUCGGCGCAGGGAGCGUAUGCCGAAAAGGUAGCAGCCCCCCACUGGACAUUGUUGGAGAUUCCUGACGGCCUUUCCUUCGAGCAAGCCGCAGGGCUCUACAUUACGUGGCCUACAUCAUAUGCAGCCCUCAAGCUACGUGCGAGUGUACAGCCUGGAGAGUGGCUUCUUGUUCAUGCUGGUGCUGGCGGUGUGGGGAUUAGUGCGCUGCUUCUUGGCAAGUUGCUCGGCGCCAAGACCAUCGCAACGGCCGGUAGCGAGGAGAAGCUGAGGAUCUGCAAGGAGCACGGCAAGGCAGACUAUGUGGUCAACUAUCGCGACAAAGACUGGCAGGCGCAGGUGAAAAAAAUCACGGGUGGACACGGCUGUGACGUCAUUUACGACCCAGUCGGCCUCGUUGUACCCAGCAUGAAAGUCGUCGCUUGGAACGGGCGGAUCAUCGUCGUCGGCUUUGCAGCCGGGACAAUCGAGAAAGCCCCGAUGAACCUCGUUCUGCUCAAGAACAUCUCUAUCGUCGGCGUCCAUUGGGGCGCCUACAUGACCAACGAGGCGGAUCGCAUCCCUGCGGUAUGGCAAGCCUUGCUGGAGCUACUCGGGAGCGGCAAGGCUACUCCCGUCGUCAUGGAUCCUGUCUACGAGGGACUGGAAAGCUUGCCGCGUGGACUGACCGAUUUGCAGAAUCGCAAGACAUGGGGAAAGGCGAUCCUGCGCGUGAAGCCGGAUCCCAAAUUCCCGCCAAAGGCCGCCAAUGGCGGAAGUAACAAAAGCAAGCUUUAGAUGGUCAAAUGGAGAACAUCCUUAUACUUUGCCAUUAUGUUACAGAUGCUAAAUGUGUGACCUCACG